GCUGAAUAAUCAAAAGUUAAUUAUGGUUUUUUAAUUGGCUAAAAAAUAUGGUUUUCCCCAUUAAUGAUAUCACCAUCUUCACAUACAGGUAGAAAUUUGGCUAACUUCCUUAUUAUUGGUUAGUGCAACCAUAUAUUUUCAUGUGAAUUAUGAAGCACCUGCAAAGAUGUUAGAUUUCCGCAGGACUGCGUGUUGUGGCCUGUGGUCAGCACAGAAUUCUCAGACUCUCGAGAUGGAUGUUACACGUGUGGGGCAAAGCACUUGUAUCAGAUCCGUAUGUGACCCAAUCCUAGAUGCGUUGAACAGGCUAUCAUUAAGUCCGGACUCUCAAGAUAGUCUUUCUGGUGGCAGACUUCACUUUGAAGAAAAUAUUGCAUCCAUGUUUCGCAAUCAAGAUUCGCAUACCGAUCACCUGGAAAAUAGUCUGACAAGUAGAGAUUUGACUUUUGACAUCACUGGAGUACACUCUGGGAACUCGUUAACUCACAUGGAACGUGAAUACGGUAUUCAGUCUGGAAUGCAGAUACCUAGAUCAGAUAACCUUUUCAUUCAUUGUCCUGUCAACUGUGGUGAUGUAGGCCAGACCCGGUGCACCCGGGAAACCAACCAAUUAUCGGCCAAUAAGCUCAAUUGCUCGGUUGCUUAUGAGAAGUAUCUCUCAAAUAUGGUCCUCGAUGUAUCCGGGUAUGAUUUAAAGAACGAAGUAUCCCCGCUAAGCGAUUCUAAGUUUUCGACAAACCUUAAACACUCCACUCUCCAACUUUCAAAUAUUUUGGAUGACUUCCCGCUGCGUGAUGCGAUUGGAGCCGCCCUCGUCAUACUUACUAGCAAGUCAAAAGCACUUGGAUGUCGUCGAUCAGCAUCCCGUUUCCCCCAUAGAAAUAAGAAAUGGGAUCGUGAGACAUUAAAGCUUCACUCUUGGUUCAACUCUUUUUGCCUCUUGGAUAUGCCUGCUUCUCUUAAACAAAUAUUCAUGUCAGUUCGCAGAAAGCUAGAAGAGGAUUAUGUGUUAUGUGCAUUUUGCCGGAACAAUGGCGAAUCACCCGAAAUUUACAUAACGCAUGAAGUUAGGGAUCAGGAUGGUCGCGUCACGUGCCCUGUGUUACGUGUACUUUCAUGCCCCAACUGUCGUGCGACCGGUGAUCAUGCUCACACAAUCAGAUAUUGUCCGUAUCCUAGGCAACUCUAGUUCCGUAUUGACUUUUUUAAUAUUAUCCACUGUUUUGUAAUAGUUUGUAUAUGAUUGCCAUUAUGUUACUUCAUCAUUUGGAUUUUAACUUUAUUUUUAUACGUUUUUAUAUGAAUUUAUGUUUGUUAUGUCUUCAUAAACAAAGUUAUGUGUC